ACACUUGCAAAGUUUAGUUGGUUGUUAAAGAUGGAUUCUCCAUCCUACCAGAUCUUUCUGAAAAGCACUUCUUCCAUGUCAUUAGACAAGCGCUUCACCAUGAUGUCGCAGAAUCAGCAGGUGCCUCCGACUGACAUCAGGGACACUGUGCCGCAGCAGCUCACCGCUUCAAUGAAGAACCAGCGCCUGGCUCAGCAAAUGGCCAACCGUCCUUCAGUUCUGGCUGCUCUUCAGAACAAGCUGAGUGUGAAGCAGCAUCAGUUUAAGGCCAGUGUCAAGUCAAGGCUUGGGAGGCCCGUGAUGAGGGGAGGCCUGCGGGGGAUGUCCAGACCCUGGGGAAGACCGAGAGGAAGAAGUGUACUACUUAGGGGAGCUUUGUCACAGAGAUUGACAAAAGGGGGCCUGAUUCAACAACAGUGUGGACCUCAUGUAAGCGGAGGAGGACUGACACACACUAGAGGACUACGAGGAUCUCUCCGAAGCAAAGGAAGAGGCAUGCUGUUUGUAGGCCGUGGCUCAGCUGGAAGACGUGCCAGACCAGGCAGUUGCCCUCUCCCCACUCGAGAGGAGCUGGACGCACAGCUGGAUGACUACAUGUCCAUGACCAAGAGUAAACUGGAUGCCCAGCUGGAUGCGUACAUGGCAGAAGUUGACCCUGAAGACGUACUGUAA